CGUAGAAGAAGAGCGUCUCAGUGGGCGGGACAAACAAACAAACUGAGGAGAUGUUUCACUGAUUAUAUCGUCUAUAUUUAAACCAGUUCAUGGUUACUUUCCGGAUAAAUCGUCUCCAGGCUCUACAGAAACAUGAGUUCGUUCCUGGGCCGGAUGAAGGAGUAUCCCACCGUGUCUCUGGACCGCUUCGACCGGGAGAACCUACAUGCCCGGGCAUAUUUCCUGUCGCACUGCCACAAAGACCACAUGAAGGGACUGAAAGGACCUCUGCUGAAGAGGAAGCUGCAGUUCAGGCGUGACAGUGCCAACAGCACCAAAGCUAAGAACAAAAUUGACAGUCGAACCGUCAGACUUUAUUGUUCCUUCGUGACCAAAGAGAUUCUUCUGAAUAAUCCAAAGUAUUCCUUCUGGGAAGAAUACAUCGUUCCUCUGGAGCUGGAGAGUCCGACUCAGAUUUCUCUGGUGGACGAAGCAUCAGGAGAGAAAGAAGACAUUGUGGUAACGCUGCUUCCUGCCGGUCACUGUCCCGGCUCUGUAAUGUUUCUGUUCGAGGGUUGCCGUGGAAACGUGUUGUACACAGGCGACUUCAGGUUCGCUGUUGGAGACACCUCCAGAAUAGAACAUCUGCACUCAGGCAGCAGGGUAAAAGACAUUCAGAGUGUUUAUCUGGACUCUACCUUCUAUGAUCCACGCUUCUAUCAGAUACCAACACGGGAGGUGUGUUUAAACGGCAUCUUGGAGCUUGUUGGAAACUGGAUUGGUCAGAGUUCGCAUCAUGUCGUAUGGCUCAACUGCAAAGCUGCUUACGGAUAUGAAUAUCUGUUCACCAACCUGGGAGAAGAGUUCAACACACAGAUCCAUGUCAACAGUCUGGCCAUGUUCAAGAAGAUGCCAGAGAUCUUAAGCUACGUAACAACUGACCGAAGGACUCAGAUUCACGCCUGUCGACACCCAAAGGACGAGGAGUUUUUCCUGGGCAACAGGCUUCCUUGUGGUUGUACAUCAGCUGAUGGGACUCCUCUUCGUAUCAUCAGCAUAAAACCGUCCACCAUGUGGUUCGGAGAAAGGACCAAGAAAACCAAUGUUAUAAUAAAAACAGGAGCCAGUUCAUACCGAGCCUGUUUCAGUUUCCAUUCCUCCUACUCAGAGAUCAGAGACUUUUUGUCGUAUCUUCAGCCGGUCAACGUCUACCCCAGUGUCAUUCCUAUCGGUCGGACGAUGACGGAGGUCACACAGAUGUUGAAGCUGAUGUGCAGGAAACGGUCCGAUCAGGAAGCGUUCACCUACAAACCUCUGGGAGUUUUAAAACGCAGCAGAGCGGAGCGACCCACAUACGACUCGGGGAGUGAAGAUGAGCUGUUUGAAGGUUUGGAUUUGGCUCCAGUGAGGAAGAAGAUGGGUCUGAACCAAGAUGGUCUAAAAGAGAAUCUUCCAGAGAGAACUUCAGCUCCUGUAUCUGUGGACGAACCUUCAGCUCUGACGGUCGCUGAAGUACAAUCUGUCAGCUGCAACUACGUCGACUGUACCGAGUCCAACGGGGAAGAGGAGGAUGACGAAGACGAAGCCAAAGAGACUGAAAGUAAAGACAUGGUGACUGAUUCUGAGCCUCCAAAGUGGGAGGAUUUCUUCACCACGGAGAUGCUGACUGACAGCCAGAACAGCCAAUCACAGUCAUCCAGGAUGAGCGGAUCUCAGACUCCAGAGCUGUUCAGCGACAAAGAAGAAGAAACUCCCGACAUCGCUGAUGACUUCAGCUUGACUCUGUCUGCUUCUUUAUCUAAUCAUUCCUCCCAGAACAUGGACUCCAGUUUACCCGAUACUCUAAUCCUCCGUCCAGAGCAGCAACUAGGAGACGCAACGACCAAAACUAACGAACCAUCUGAGUCCCAGGUGUCGUCAGACUUCGACGUUCCCUCAACACCUGAAUCCAAGGUGCCUCAUCCUGACGAACUGUCGCAGCUGUACAGGAAACUGGCUUCAGGAGAGGAAGUGGAGUUGAGGAAAGGCUCAGCAGUGUCCAGAUGAGCUGCAGUUCCUGAAACGGCCACUUGAGCUACUGAACUUUGAUGAGGAGCAGCUCCGAUACAACAUCCUCCGUCUUGUGGCAGCUGGUCAAGCCUCCAAUGAGGCCGAAUGUCGAACUCUCAGAGGAAGCUUCUGUUGCGCCCUCGUCACCUCUGUUAGGAUUUGAGAGUCCAGGUCGACUCUGCUUCCACAGAAUUCAGUCCGUUAAAGCAGGAAGAGGUGAUGAUGCCAUUAAAGUCCUCAGAGGGGAUGCUGAGACACCAGAUUGUUCUCUGCUAGGUUCGUCAUGACGACGGCGAGGAGCUAAUGGACACCUGCCUUCAGGAGUUCAUCACCUUCAUGGAGCACCUUUUACUUUAUAGACAAAAGACAGAAACAGGAGUCAAAACAGACUUUAGUCUCAAAUCAAAGCCCUCCAGCUGCUGUUUGAUAGAUGGACCAAAGUGCCUUACCCUGUAUUAGCAGUUAUCAUUGCUCUCAGACAGAAAUGAUUCAGUUGUCUGCAUGACAACUAAAUACAUUCAACACAAUUUGAAAGCAUCAUCAUUUUUCUGCCAAUAGCUUCAUUUAACUUAAAAAAAAAACCUGAGAGAUUUUAUUCAUAAGUAUUCCAUGUAUUGUUUUGUAGAUAUUCUGAAUAUAGCCAUCUAGAAAUCAAAUAGUGAAACUAAAAGUUAAUAUGUAUGCAGAAAGUAACCAAGUAGGUAUAACUGUCUAAGUUACCAGCUUCUGAGUUAGUUUAUUUUGGCAGCACUGUGGUAUAACCUGAAACUAAAAUAUAGUGUGUCGUCCGAAAUGUCACUAAAAUGUCAUAAUUUAGUAUGUCAUUAGAAAUCUUGCAAAAACUUGACACUUUAAAUCACAAUAAAGAUACUUCUGUUGUCACAAUCA